UCCAUUCGGGGUCCUUCAUACUAUUGUAAACAUGGCAUCCUCCAGUAGGGCACAAGUUCUCUCCCUCUACAGGAUGCUGCUAAGGGAGAGUACAAAAUUCCCCUCUUACAAUUACAGGACAUAUGCACUACGUAGAGUGAAGGAUGGCUUUAGAGAGAACAUUGCUGUGGACAACCCCAAAGCCUUGGAUGUGCUGUUAAACCAGGCCAGGGAGAGUCUUGCUGUCAUCAAGCGGCAGGUGGCCAUUGGACAGUACUAUACAACCCAGAAGACUGUGGUGGAAGGACUAAGCAACAGGAAUGUUUGACAUCUAAGCUAAUGACAUUAAUUGGGACCAGCCGCAGCUAAGGUUCAAUGUAGCCUAUAGGCUUUUGCCACGUACAUACGCUGGAGAUUGCACAGCAAAUUGUACAUUUCAGUGUAUUAUAAUUAUAUUUUGUUCAUGUCCAGAUGAUGUUCUGCCAUAAGUGUGUAUUAAAGAUGUAGUAUUAAAUAGUUCUGAAAGUU